CUGUAAUUUCAAACUGAUUUUGUAGUGCGUUUGUUUAUUCUGAAUAGUUCUUGUCCUAACCUUGGAUUGAUUAAUAGAAUUGAAACUGAAUCGCUUUUAGUCCUACACAUUAAGUUUCCACUGCUUGAAGAAUAUCCCUGUAGAAGAUGGCAAAAGAAAGAUGUGUGAAGAAAUCUUUCCAGGACAGCUUGGAAGACAUAAAAGAGCGCAUGAAAGAAAAAAGAACAAAGAAGCUGGCUAAGGUUAAGGUAGCCAGUGCAAAUAAAGCAUUAUGUUCCAAAGUGAAGAUGCUCAGCAAUACGUCUGUGACUGCAAAAAACUUUCAAGCCAAUAACAAAGCCCUUGCUCUUGCGCUGGAAGCAGAAAAAGCGAAAACAAGGCAAGCCCAAGAUCUUAUCCUGCAUUUGAAAAGGGAGCAUCAAAGGCUGAUGUUUGAAAUAUUUCUCUUGAGGAGGAAGCUAACCGUGCAACAAGGAAAAGAAUCUGCAGAGUUCAAGCUUGCUUCCUUGAAAGAAAUAAUUAGCAAAGUGACUCACAAUUUACUAGAGACUGCAAACCUUCUUGGUCCUGCACAUGCAUUGUGUUCUAGCGAUAAAUCAAAUAUUAACACCCCUGGCUUGACCUCAAGUGAUUCCAUCCCAAAUGGACUGAUGGACAUUCCACAGCCUGCUUCUGUUUCAGAAGCAAAUAAAACGUGUUUGGAUACAUUAUCGAAUUCAAAUACUUAUAAAAGAAAUCCCCAAGACAGUAUUCCAGAAACCAUUGAUAACAUAUCUGAAGGGAAAAAAUUACCCAAAGGAAGGAGGUCUGGUUUUGCAUCUGCUACUGAGGAAAAUGUAAAAAAUUCCAGUAAUUUUCUUAGGAACGUGUCAGUCAGACGUCGUCAUUCUAGCUUGAACAUCUACAGAGAGGAACCUGUUUUAAUAGAGCCAGUGGAAGAUCAUUUACAUUCAGGAUUCAGUGUGUGUGAACAAAAGAACCAAGUUAAUGGAGAACAUGCAUAUAAAGAUAGCACCGAAGAGAGAAUAGAGAAUGUCCAGCUUUUUGAAAAUCCCUUACAUGAAGACUUACCUGCUUUUGAAAAUAUGUCAGAAAUAGCAAGUUCAACUCCUGAACCAAAGCCAAAACUUAUUUCUAAUAAGCAAAAAGAUGAGCCUACUGUUGGAAAGGAGAGAUCAAGAAAAGGCAAGACAGAUGGGGGACAUGUUGUACACUUGAAAAAGCCAUGGGAAAAUGCGAGACCAAGGGCAAGGUCAAAGAGUAGAGAACGGGGUGCAAGUAAACACGCAAAGGAAAAAAUAGAUGCUUCUCUGAAUAAUGGAGAUGCUUACGACUUUGUCUUUGAGGAGAGUGUACAUGUCACGCCGUUCAGGCAAAAUAAGCAAGAAGACAGCCCGCAAAAAAGCAGUUCAGGUGAAAGUAGUAGUGAAGAAGAGCUGGAUGACAGUUUAUAUGUCCCCUACAGACAAAAAUCAAAAGCUGAAAAUGUUUCUUUAAGACCCAGGUCAAAACGUGGUGUAGCCCCACACAAUCUGCCCUCUGAAAGGAAGAAGAAUGACCGUUCACAGCAAGGAAAUGGAAGAAACAUUUCAAAGAAUGAAAUUAAAAUGAAAUCAGAAAGUGUUUUGGAGAUGAGCAGGACUUCUAUGAAAGAUUGUUUGGAAAUUGAGGAAACAUCCAUUCCAGCAUGUAAAAAAGAGACCAAUAAAAACAUAACACUUAAUGAAACCACAGUUAAAACGGAAAAUGGCAACCUCUAUCCUACAGAAAAAAAUACUGGUGAUCCUGCCCCACCAUCUCCACGCCUCAGCUUGUCUGAUGUUACAAACCUAUCUGGAUCCUCUGCCAUCAUAGACUCUAGAAAACUUUCAUACCCAUUUUUUAAUGGGAAUGAAUGUAGGACAUCUGGAACUCCGAUACGGAAACGCCGGUGCACAGUUACUGUUAAUUAUGCAGAGCCAAAGCUUUGCAGCAAACUUAGAAGAGGAGAUCCUUUUACUGAUACAGAAUUUUUACAUUCUCCAAUUUUUAAGCAGAAGGAUGCAAAGCGCAAGUCAUUUAAGAGGCAGUCACUUGCAAAAUAUAAUGAGGCAUUUGUAGGCUGCCGUUAAGUACAAAAUAAAUAUACAGCAUUGUGAAUUGUUCUGACUUUCUUAACCAUUAUCUUGGUUUGCCAAUUUUAAGAGAUGUUUUUAUGACUUCAUUAUAUUAAAGAUGAUUUUGUAAA